AAUAUGCUUUGAAAAGCAAAACCUUAACCUGGUCGCUACUACGUGCAAACCUCCGUGUCAACAUAUUACACCGCACAGACAGCGUCCUGCGCUCCCGUUCUAUGUCUAAAUUAUCAUUUAGAUCAUCAGUGACCCAAUGCCCCGGAUAUUUAAACCGUUCCACUUUUUGUAAGGGAGUAUCAGCACGUUUAACCGGAGGCACAACAGAAUACGAUUUAGUGCCUGCCUUGAAAAUCAUAAGCACGCUCUUUUUUGCGUUGUUCCUAAGUCCAUGGGUCUCUGCAUAUAACUCACAUAUACUCAACAAUCUACGGAGGGCACUAAUCGAAGGGCUCAGCAGCACCAUAUCAUCAGCAUAGCUGAUAUUAUUUAUACAGACUCCAUCGAUAUGGCAACCGAUACCAGUGCCACUGAACCCUCCGAUGAGACGGUUCAUAUACAUAUUGAAAAGGCGCGGUGAACUCAACCCUCCCUGUCUCACCCCACAUUCCAACCUGUAUACUUCCGAGUACAACCUGCGUACCUGCCCACUUGACAAUAUUCUUCUGAUUGCUGUACCAAUAUCCCAGCAUAGACACAACUUCUUUGGACACUUUGGUAUCACAAUGCAGUUUUCGCCACAAGUUUCAGUAUGCCUGUCGCAGUACGUCCUCUACCCGCAGAUCUAGCGGAUAAAGCCAAAGAGGAAUUAUUCGAAGACCCAAAAAAGCUUGAAGACAGCAUACAGCAUUUAAAAGAAUGGAUCGCAAAACAACCGCAUUUGAAAGCUAGAACAGAGGACCAAUGGCUGGCUGCGUUUCUGAGAGGAACCAAAUUCAGCUUAGAACGAGCGAAGGAGAAACUCGAUCUUUACUAUUCGUUAAGAACACUUAUACCUGAAUUUCAGUCGAUCAACCAUAGACAUUCUAAGUUCAUGGAAAUUCUUAAGCUAGGCACAUUGUUAAUAUUGCCAAAAUCAAAGAAUUUGACGGAUCCUAGGGUACUGAUAUUCAGGGUUGCGGCCUGUCCUCCUGGUCAGUUCACCAUGCCUGAAAACAUGAGUGUUAUAAGAACUUUGCAAAAGAUAAUGUACAUGGACGACGAUAUUUUUACAGUGAAUGGUGUUGUAAACGUGGUGGAUAUGAAAGAUGCAACUUUGUCCCAUUUUACUCAUCUAACGCCGUUGAUGAUGAAGAAAAUGGUAGUUGCAAAUCAGGAUGCAUCGCCUACGAGGAUGAAAGCAGCUCAUUAUUAUCAUAUGCCUCCACCAGUCGAGACAAUUUUCAACCUUAUAAAAACAUUCCUUAAUGAAAAAAACAGGAAUCGAUUGCAUGUUCAUGGGAAAGAUUUCAAGCCACUGUACAAAUAUGUGUCUAAAGAUAUCCUGCCUGUGGAGUACGGAGGAAAUGGAGGCACUAUAGAAGAAAUAGUCGACUACUGGGUAAAGAAAAUAGAAGAAUACAGCAAAUGGCUGGAUGAAGAAGAAAGAUACGGCACAGAUGAGUCUAAGAGGCCAGGAAAGCCGAAAACAAGUGAAGACAUGUUUGGCGUUGAAGGAUCUUUCCGACAACUCCAGAUGGAUUAACUAAUAACGCCAACUUGGUUUUUAUAUACACGUAAAAAAAAAUUAAGCAAUAGUUUAGUAGUUUCUCUGUGUAGUAAAAAACUGACGUAAUUUUUAUCAUUUAUACAUAAUAUGUGUGUUGUUUUCGAUAUUAUUAAAUACAUUUGUUCGAUGAUUUAUAUUUUCAUAACAUUUUUUUUGCGGCU